UCCCCCAAUUUCAUCUAGACGUCAAAUCCGUGAUCCCCAAUCCCCAAUCCCCAAUCCCCAGUCCUCCUCCGGGUUGCCAUGGCGCUCAAGGCGGCGCACGUCUCUGACGUCCCGACAAUCGAUCAGAUCCCGGACGUCCCCGCCGUCGCCCUCUCAACGGUCUCCGCCCUCCGCAAAGGGACGCAGUGGAAGCGCAAGUCAGAGAGGCUGGUGGUGGUCGGCCACCGAGGGAAGGGGAUGAACGCGCUCGCAUCGACGGAUCCGCGGCUUCAGGAGGUGAAGGAGAACUCGCUCCGCUCCUUCAAUGAUGCCGCCCGCUUCCCCGUUGAUUUCGUCGAAUUUGAUGUCCAGGUCACCAAGGAUGAUUGCCCUGUCAUCUUCCACGACGAUCUUAUCCUCACCGAGGAAGAUGGAAAACUUUCCGAGAAGCAUGUAACAAGUCUCACCUUAGAUGAAUUUCUUUCUUAUGGACCCCCAAAAGAUCCUUUAAAGAAGGGCAAGCCAUUGCUCAGGAAGACCAAAGAUGGGAGAAUCCUUAACUGGAAGGUCCUAGCUGAUGCUCCAUUUUGCACGCUUCAAGAAGCCUUCCAAGGUGUUGAUCCUCAAGUCGGCUUCAAUGUCGAGCUAAAAUUCAAUGAUAACGUGGACUACAAAGACGAGGAGCUGAUCCAUGCUCUUGAAACAAUCUUGAAAGUUGUGAACGAUUAUGCGAAUGAGAGGCCAAUUAUCUUUUCAAGCUUUCAACCCGACGCAGCCAAGCUGAUCAGGAAACUCCAAAAUGACUACCCUGUGUUCUUCCUCAGCAAUGGUGGGACGGAGAUCUACAGAGAUCCGAGAAGAAAUUCUUUGGACGAGGCGAUCAAACUAUGCCUGGAAAACGGCUUGCAAGCAAUCGUGUCCGAAGUCAAAGCGAUCUUUAGGAAUCCAUCUGCUGUGGCCAAAAUCAAAGAAGCCAAUCUUGUGCUCUUCACAUAUGGGCAACUCAACAAUGUUCCUGAGGCAGUUUACAUGCAACACAUCAUGGGGGUUAGCGGCGUUAUUGUUGACCUGGUGCAGGAGAUCACGGAAGCUGUUUCAGCUUUCAGCAGGCCGGAUGUUGAGGGCGCCUCAAGGCCUAAAUUUUCUCAGGCUGAGCUUUCGUUUUUGUUGAGGCUGAUACCUGAGCUGGUACAGCAUUAGUACCUUUUAGCGAUUAGUGUACGAUAGUGGGUAUUCUAUUCCGACUGUGUUUUCUCUCUCCCCGUACUUAUAAUAUUUUAUUCAAUUAGAAUGGAGGUCUAUAUAUUUAUUUUUCA